AUGUCGCAACGCGGCGCAAAGGCCAAGGGCCCCGGCCCGUCCCUCACCGAAUACAAAGCCAUUGCCGCCGAGUGGGAAAAGGCCAAAAAAGCCAAGGAGGCAGCUGAUGCUGAGGCAGCUAGCCAGGGCCUGCCGACCGACCGAGAGCGUGCCAAUGCUCUCCAGAAGAAGCGCGAGCAGCUCAACAAGUUGCGCCAGUCGCGGUACGAGAAGCGCUGGCUGUGGACUGUCGCAUUUUGGAUCUGGAUGCUCGCCAUCCACGCCAUUGGAAUCUGGCUCUUCACGACAGGAUUUCUACUAACCAGGCUUGUCCUGCACGACAAGUCGACUUGCGACGCGCCACCUAUUGACGGGACUAAAGGCCUCUUCAACCCGGACAAGGGAUGCUGGCACCCUAAGACGUUUGAUCGCGCCGUCGUCAUUCUCAUCGACGCCCUCCGAUACGACUUUACCGUUCCUCAUGCUGUCGACAGCCCACACGCAUAUCACAAUGCUUUCCCUGUCCUCCACGAAAUUGCUGCCAAGUCGCCGCAGAACGCUUUCCUCCGACCCUUCAUCGCCGACCCGCCGACAGCCACCUUGCAACGCCUGAAGGGCCUUACGACCGGCACACUGCCCACCUUUAUCGACUUAGGUAGUAGCUUCAAAGGCGAUGCGAUUGACGAGGAUAAUCUGCUUAUGCAGUUGAAGAAUAAUGGCAAAAGGGUUGCGCAGAUCGGGGAUGAUACCUGGUGGAGUCUCUUCCCCGGCUACUUUGAGCCCAAUAUCAGUAGAGCUUAUGAUAGCUUUGACGUCUGGGAUCUGCACACUGUCGACAACGGCGUUAUUGACCAUAUUUUACCUCUUCUGGAGCCAAAGGGCAAGAACCAAUGGGACCUCCUCAUUGGUCACUGCCUUGGCGUCGACCACGCUGGUCAUCGAUACGGCCCCGACCAUCCUGCCAUGACUUCUAAAUUACAGCAGAUGGAUGACUUCAUCCGCAAGGCCGUAUCCAAGAUUGAUGACGACACACUUCUCGUCGUCAUGGGUGACCACGGCAUGGAUAGCAAGGGCGACCAUGGCGGAGAGAGCGAUGACGAAGUUGAAGCUGCUCUGUGGAUGUACGCGAAACGGCCAAUCUUUGGCCGUACUCUUCCCGAGCACGCUAUGCCACCUCCAAACGCCAAAAUUCGACCCGCUAACCAAAUAGAUUUUGUUCCGACGCUGUCUCUCCUUCUCGGAAUUCCGGUUCCAUUCAACAACUUGGGAACUCCGAUCGAGGAAGCCUUUGUCGGCCCUCGUGGAAACGACUGGGCUAACUUAGCUGCUGUGUCUCGGGUUACCGCUGCGGGCAUUGAAAGAUACCAGAAGCUGUACUUUGAGACACGGGGCAUCACGCCGGGCGCGGAAAAAGGCAGCCCAGCGGCGUUGUGGACGGCGGCGACCGAGCGAAGCCUUUCCGGUCGUAGCCUCUACGACGCGUUAUCGGCCUACCAGGAGCGCAACCUCGAGGUAUGCAAGAGCCUCUGGGCGCGCUUUGAUGUGCCGCGCAUGGGUAUGGGCGUGUUCGUCACCGCUAUCGGCCUCCUCGUCCUCGUCAUGUACUCGUCGCGCACAGCAGACGACGAGUACGUUGUGCUGAACAACCCGGAGCUCGACUAUGCCGAAAAACAACUUGAACAGAUAGCCGCCUCAGAAGACGACCAGGAGGAGCCUGAGCAUCCGGAUCAGUUCUUCCACCGGAACCUCCUGCGCUGGGCCACGGACGUGCGUGUAAUUCUCGCUAUUGCGGCACUGACCGCUGCCGCCGUCUUCCGCGGACAGCCACUGGACCGACUGGCCACGGUUGUGGCAACCAUCAUGAUUGCGAGAACUGGCACCGCCCUCCAUCAGUACGGCAAGACGCUGCGUAAUCUAUUACCCAAUACAUUCUGGGGCUGGCUUGCCGUAAUCUUCACUGUCAGCCACUCCAUCGGCUUCGCGUCCAACUCAUACACCAUCUGGGAGGACACCAUCCUGCUCUUCUUCAUUACCACAUUUGGCGUCGCUGCUCUGGUAUCCUCGUUUCGCAUUGAGUCAUCGCGCGUCGACCGCUACAUGGGCAUCUACCACUCCGUCGUGUUCAUCGUGCUCGGGCGCGUCGCGUCCUACUCGAAGCUCUGCCGCGAAGAGCAGAUGCCGUACUGUCAGACUACGUACUACAACUCCAGCUCUUCGUCGACGUCAGCGCUAUGGCAACUCACCCUCCCGUUCCUGGCCUUCCUCGGGCUGCCCGCGCUUGUCAAGUCAUUCCUCGUGCCGACGCGCUCGUACGAGGGUCUCGCGCCAACGUGGAUCGGCUACGUCUUCCGCUUCAGCUUGCUCCUAUCCGCGCUGUACUGGCUCGUCGAUGCAGCCAACAACGGCCGAUGGCUCGCCGCCUACGUGUCCGAGCUGGUGCUCAAAACGGCCGGCGUUUACAUUGCGCAGUUUACCUUGGCAAUUACCGUCGUAGCUGGCACAACCGCCUUUGCGUGGGCGCCGCCUUCCGUCGCCAUCGUACCCAGCCGCGGGCGCGUCACCAUCCUCGGCUACGCCAACGCGCUCGGCGCGCGCUACCUCCUACUACCCAUCAGCGUGCUCGGCACCUGCCUGCUGCUCACCAAACCCAUGGGCGCGGGCGCGCUGUCGCUCAUGACGUGGCAGCUGCUCGCGCUCGUCGAGCUCGUCGACCUGCUCGGCCUCAAGGCCGCGCCCAUCGGCCCCGUCAUGCUCGCCGUCCUCGGCAACUUUUACUUCUUCAAGACGGGCCACCAGGCCAACCUCGCCAGCAUCCAGUGGGAUACCGCCUUCGUGCCGCUCUUCACCAUCCGCUACCCGUGGGCGCCGCUCGCCGUCGCCGUCAACACGUUCGCCGCGCAGAUCCUCGCCGUCGCCGCGCUGCCGCUCGUCGCCCUCUGGAAGGUCGGCCCACGGCAGCGCGGCGCGCUCGAGGCCGUGGCGCGCGCGCUCGGCGCGUUCGUGGCGUACUACGCGGUCGAGGCUCUUGCUACUAUGGCCUGCGCGGGCUGGCUGCGCAGGCACCUCAUGCUCUUCCGCGUCUUCAGCCCGCGCUUCAUGAUGGCGGCGCUUCUGCUGCUGCUGCUCGACGCCCUCGGCAUCCUGGUAACGCUGACGGGCGUGCGGAGCAACUCGCUGGCCGUGGGGGACGUGUUUGGCUGGGCUGAGUAG